UGAGCGAUGCCAGUGGCAAAUAUGGCGGUGGUUUCCUGUGGGGUAACAACUAUUGGGUGGGUUCCGCAACACUCUGCUACCAGAUCAACGAGCAGCCUGUCGUGGAAGAGAGAGCGCCCUUCGCUCUUGGUUUUUUCAUGCUGAGGACUAUGGUCAAGCUCAACAGUCAUAUCACUCCUACUCCUCGCUCGCAGCUGUUGGGAGUAUGCCUACCUCUAUCGUGCACAUCUGUAGAUGCAUCGCGAUUGGUGGAGCUGUCUGCCAGGGAGGCCAUGUUGGAUAUGGACCGCACCCUCCAGAUCACCUCUGUCAAGUCACCGCACAACGCAUACUACAUCACAGAUGACCCAAUCUUCUGGAUUCUCGUUGUUGUGAGUACAGCAGUCUUCGUUCUUCUUCUGAUCGGCACCGUCCUCGAUCUCUAUCUAGAGUACGUGAUGGACAAGGACGGAAACUUCAGCUAUGACAACUACACGUUCGUCUUUUCCAAAAACAUCCACCACAAUUCCAUCAGGAGCGGGCAGACGGUUGUCAAAGUCGAGAUGAAUGCUGAGAAUAAUAAUAACGGAGUUAUGGCAGAGGAUGGCAGUGGAGUAACCACUGAAAGUAACUCAGUUGCUUCGGAUGAAGUUAUCAAGAAGCCAGGAGUCCUGCGUGAAGUGAUGUUAUCUUUCUCGGUGCGGAGGAACAUGAUGACAAUCUGUGACAAAUCUGUGGGAGCUGACACAAUACCCACGGUGCAUGGGUUGAGAUCUCUCAGCAUGGCCUGGGUUAUAUUGGGUCAUACCUGUAUUGUGGCUUUCAAGUAUUCUGACAAUAUGAUGUACCGAAAUGUUGUGGAGAAAGAAUUACUGUUCCAAACAAUCAAUAAUGCUGCAUUCUCGGUUGAUACAUUCUUUUUCAUCAGUGGUCUCCUGGUAGCCUUCCUAUACUUCCGCACCACAGCAAAACACGAUCUGUCGAAAAUAACCAAAUCCACCGGAUUUGUAUCAUGUGUGCUUCAGUUUAUUGGUAUGGUGGCAUACAGGUUUGCCAGGUCUGAAGACUGCGGACAUGAUGAUAAGAAAAAACAAAAAUAUGAGGUGUUAGUUUUAUUGUUUAAUUCAAUGUGCAUGCUAUGGAGUUGGUAUUUGGCAGAUGAUACGCAGUUCUACGUUCUUGGAACAAUACUCCUCAUCAUGGCUGUCAAACACUUCAGAGCAGCAGCCUCCUUGAUGGUCGUGUUCCUAAUUAGCUCUUGGUGUACCACUGCCUACAUUGCAUUCAGUAAUAAGCAUAUGCCCAAUGUUGAUGACCCUCUGGCAUUAUUCGACAAGAUCUAUGACAAGCCGUGGACCAGAUUUGGACCCUACCUCGUGGGAAUGGCCACUGGAUGGUUCCUAUUCAAAAUCGAUUGCAAGAUUAAGAUGAACAGGAUUGUGACCUGGGUAGGGUGGACUCUGUCUACAGUCGGCCUUCUCUGUCUGUUGUACGGAUUGUACGAGCAGCAACUUCACCCCGUUUCAGCCGCCGCAUACUCCUCUCUCAGUCACACCGCCUGGGCCACCUGUCUCGCCUGGAUCGUCAUUGCCUGCUCUACCGGAUAUGGAGGCUAUGUGAACAAAUUCCUGUCGUGGACAGUGCUGUAUCCUUUCAGCAGAGUGACAUACUGCGCCUAUCUCAUCCACCCGAUUAUCAUCCGUAUAUUCGCCAUGAGAAUGGACAGCCCUGUUCAUCUCGGCAAAGAUUUAGUCGCUGUGAUGUUUCUGGGCCAGCUAGUCGCCUCCUACAUUCUCUCGUUCAUCGUAUCUCUCGCUUUCGAAGCUCCAGUUGUCUCUCUCUUGAGAAUAGUCUCAUCCACUAAGAGAAAGACAAAGUGACACUGACAAUAAGAGAGUAAGAGAGAGAAAGCGAAAAUACCAAAUUAUCCUACUUCUUCCUAUAACUAUCCACAUCAGAACAUUCUUUAGAAUUUAUAUUUAGAUUCAAGAACAUGAUGCAUGUUUGAGCUGAUAAAUAUUCCACAAGAUUUUGUGGAGAAUGUAAGUCAUGGAAAAUAUUAACAAAUGUAUAGAAAGAUACCAUAGGUGAAAGCAUAUAGAGGAAUAUUUACUUAUGUGUGGCCUAUAUCCUAUGCAAUCUUUACGAUAAUAGGCUACUAACCUAUUGAGUAUUUUUCAAGUUUUUAAGUUUAAUAUAGGCUACCAAUAUCAAUCAUAACAUAAACGAUGUAAAUACUAACUUGGUAUUUUUCAUAGAUUUUGGGAGAAUGUAUAGCCUAUUCAAGAAUACUACUUAGGUUCAACUCUCGACUCAGGUCGAGAAGAGACUCAACUCUAGUCGAGAGCAUGUGUUUCCAAAUGGUGACACUCAGACCAGUCGAUUCUAGUCUCCGCGACUGUCACCAUUUGGAAACACAUGCUAUCCACUAGAGUCGAGUCUCUUCUCGACCUGAGACGCGUAAGUGUGAGUUGAGCCUUACACUCAAUGAAAUACUAGGUACCUAUUUUAUAAGGUUUCGAGAAGAAUAUAUUCCAAAAUAACAUAAUGAAACUGAGAAUGUUCAAUGUCUUUCUGAAAAAUAUAUCCGAGAAUAUCAUGACAGUUGGAGAUACUGGAUAUUUUUCUAGAUUUUUCAAGAAAUGUAUCUCAAAAUAUCAUGGAAGUGGAAAAAAAGAAAUGACCUACUUUAAGCCGCGUUUACACCAAUUUUAUUAACAAAAUGUUAAAUAACUUAAUUCUUAUAGAUUCUAUUAGAUUGAACGGAACUUGACAAACACAUAUGUUCAUCAU